AGGCAGGUACUAGGAAGCACCAUAGUACACGUAGGUAGGUGUAACGUUUGGCUUUUUAAAUAGUGAAUAUUGUAUUUCAUGAGUAUGUCAGUUAUUUUUUAACAGUCUGGUACAUUGAAAUAUGUUAUUCUGCUUUAAUUAACUGUCAAUUGUGUUCACACAGAAAUGGUGGCAAAAGCUAACCAGCUCUUCAGUUAGCAUUCGCUAGCUAGCCCCAGACUAGCAGCCAAGCAAGAGUAACGUUAGACGAAAACUUCUAACUAACGUUAGCUAGCUAACGUACUACUAGCCAACAUUGAAACAUAGCUAGCUAACUAACUUAUGGAUGUGAAGAUCUAGCAACGUAUAAAAUUGCGUGGCAGCACGUUAUCAAACCCAAACAUUGUUUCUAUUUUUAAACAGGUGUUUACAAUGGACCUUCCACAUCAUGGCUACCGAGCAAGUGGUAAGUAGCUAGCUACAGGUUAUCUAUCUGCUACAGCUAACUAAUAAUGUAGCUCGCUAGAGUUAGGUAACGCCUCGAUCAUACCGACGGUAUCAUUGCAUUUUGGUACACCAGAAGUACAUUCAUUUCCAAUGGAACGCUGCGUUUGCCUUGCAGCAUUGCGUUGCAAUACGUUCUGUGUGGUGCACACGUUGGGUUUAUCGAAUGUAUGCGUCAAACUGUAUGAGUAGACGGCUUGACAGAAAUGGUAGCAGAAAGUGAAUGUUAAACUUUUGUUACACACAACCAGAUGAUGAUGCAUACUAUUUUGUUCAAACGCUAUCGGUGUGAUCAAGGCGUGAGGCUUUCAUUGCAUCCUGCAUGGCAUGGAUAUUGUUCGUAGCUACAGGUUGCAUACUCAUAUUGUCACGCAUAAUUGCCUUAGGACUGUUAUGUAUUGUCAUACUUCACCCUAGCCCAUUCAUAGACACUAACUGAAUCAGAAUCUGUGCGUUACAUGCUGACUAGACUGGGCACGCGCAUGUUGAUUUUGUUAAUCCACCCCAGACAAUAUCAGGAAACGCAGGUUGAAAUAUCAAAACGAACUCUGAACCAACUAUAUUAAUUUGGGGACAGCCCGAAACGCAUGAAAUAUUAAUGGCAAUAUAGCUAGCUAGCUUGUUGUUGCUAGCGAAUUUGUCCUGGGAUAUGAACAUUGGGUUGUUAUUUUACCUGAAAUGCACAAGGUCCUCUACUCCAACAAUUAGUCCACAUAUAAAAGGGUAAACCUAGUUCGUUUCUAGUCAUCUCUCCUCCUUCAGUCUUCUUCUUUGGACUUUAUAUGGCGGUUGACAAACAACUUUAAGGCGCAUUACCACCACCGACUGGCGUGUGGCGCUCAGUUCAUCUUUCAAUCACACAUGUGGGUAUAUGAUCCUAAAAACCGAUGGGAGAGGUGGGACUUGCAGCACGUCAAAGUUAUAUUUUAGCGCCUGGCUACGCAGAUGCACGCGGGCAGUUUGGAUGAAAUUAUUGAAUAACAUGUAUGUGUACAUUUAUUUUGCAACGCUCGUGCACGUAACGCGAGCGGUGUGGUCAGCAUGUUAGACCUCUAACGCACAGAAGGCUCCGACUCAAACUCCCAUUCACCAAUUCUGCAAGCGUUAUAAUGUCAAAAUACGUUCGUUCAUAACCAAAUAUGGAGUUUCGCUGAGUAACUAUCUUAAUUUACUCCUGUUACGGCCGAUAUGUAUUUCCAAAAAAGUUCAAAAUUAUAAUGUACAUUAUAAAGCUUGCAGAGCUGGUGAAUGGGAGUUUGAAUCUGAGCUUUCUGGGCGUUAGAGAGGUCGCUAAUGCACAGAUACUGGUUCAGACGUUAAUUUUUUAGCGCCUAUUGACGAUAGUAUAUUCUGGUCUGGGGAUAACUGCGUUGCUGAAAAUUAGCUUGCAAAAAAACAGAACACUCCGCCAGAAGCCAGAAGUUAAAUAAAAUUCAAUAUCAACUUACUCUGUCAAUUGUCCUUAUGCAGGGGCCAAUUUGAGAAAACCCCCCAUCUAAUGGAACUUAUAAUUAAACAGAAUUUCCAAACGUGGGUCUAUUGUAGACCCAUGCAGUUCCUCAGCAAGGUCAGUUCCUCUCUGCUUACCUCAUGUCAAAAUAAAAGUCCCCCACAAGGUCUUGUUUUUUUUUAGGUCAGAUAUGACACACGUUGACAUGAGAUAAGCGGAAAGGAAGUUGGUCUACAACAGACCUAUGUUUGGAACAGCUGUUUAAUUUAUGUUCUAUUAGAUGUUUUUUCAUAAUUUACCCCCUACAUAAGGACUAACCCUACGGACAAUUGACAGUUAGUUGAAAUUGAAUUUCAUUUCACUUAUGGCUUCCGGCGGACUAUUCAGUUUUGUUUGCAAGUUAAUUUCUAGCAACACUAGUGUGUAAAUACGAGCGUUGCUAAAAGCAGCUAGCUGGGGGAGUUUUGUUAAGAGCCCCGAUGCUUGCUCUAAACAUUAAAGCACAUUGCUUGCGAUACGGUUUUGGAAACAUAAGGAACGUAUCUUUCAUAUCAGCAAGGAAAUAAUAAACAAUUAAAAAAUGGUUAAAUUACUACACACCUUUUUUUAAAAGGGUUAGGGUUCCCACAUGGCCAUAUUUCCAUAUUACAGCGCUUGUUUACGGAAAACAAAUGGGAGACAGUCGACUCCCCAUCUAUUGAGAAUCGAUUCAUGUUUAGAGUUUUUGGCUGCCAGAGCCAAUUGGCCUCUAAACAGAACCAAGGUCCUUGGACUAUAAGGAGUAACGUUAGGCUCCUUUAGUCCAUUAUUGGGCUAGCUCCACCCAUGCCUUAAAUAUUACUUUCCUUAUUACAAUUAUGUAUAGAAAGUCAUUUUUCACAUCACAUUUAUUAUCAAUACAACAUUUCUGAUAUGACAUCAUACAAUACUACACUCUUACACACUACCCAAUUAUCCUCAUCCCCAUUUGUCCCUCUGUAGCAAAGCCAAGAGCUCGUGCAGCUCCACCCGCCGGGGACCCUCUCCUCUUUGAAGAUACCAGUUCGGCAGCGCCACCAAUGAACAAUCAGGGUUACUACACCCCUGGGUACAACAUGGGAGGGGCUCCAGCUGGAGGGCCAGGGGGUGCUGGGGUCAACAACCUGUUUGCUGACCCAAUGGCCAGUGCAGCCAUGAUAUAUGGCUCUUCCCUGGCCAACCAUGGAAAGGAUAUUGUCAACAAGGAGGUGAGAAAAUCACACUACAGACCGGUCUCAUUGUCAUUAGGGUGAUGGCUACGUUCCAACAAAUGAAGAGUUAAAUAGACUAGAGUUGCCGCUGGUGUAUUGCUUAUGUCUGUGGAUCCUUUCAGAUCCACUCGGGCAUGGGAUGAGGUUUUAUUAAUGGCCUUCAGCCAGAUAGGAUGGUCAGUGUAAAGCCGUGCAUGAGGUAGCCACAUGAGCUAUAGAGCUGGUAUGCAUCUGUUACUUGGCUCAGUUUGUGGCUGAUGGCGCCUACUGUUGACCUCUUCCAUAGUUUGUUCCUUAGAAGCAUUGUGACACAAUGCUCUGUCGGACUCUUGAGGCUGGAUGAGACUUAGCCCAUUUUGAAGACGACAGUGGAACCCUUGUCUAGCUGUAUAACAUUUACCCACUUUGCGAGUUAUUUGGCGACGCUUUACCGAUGUCCAAGCCUUUAUCUGUAAUCGGUAGACGAUUCUGAUUAGGAAAUUGUGGUCUGCAUCGCUGAGCAGUGCCCAGUAAAUAAUUAAAUCCAAUUGUUGGAUGCUACCACCCCCUCCAAAUCAAAACCAAACAUGGAUUCCAUGUUGUGUUCUUGCUUUGCGCCGACACCUGUCUGUUUCACGCCUGUUUGUCCUAGCUAAUCAGCCUCGCAGACAGGAAACAGACGAAGUAGAAUGGAGCAUGUAUGGGCAAACAUUGACAUCCAUGUUUUGAUUUGGAAGGGGGUGGUAGCAUCUAACAAUUUGAUUUAAGUCUAUCUUGGGCACUGCUCAGCGACGCAAACAACGAUUUCCUAAUCAGAACCGUCUACUGGUUACGGAUUAAGGACGUGGGAGAAGUGUCGCAUCAAACAAGCAUAGGCACUGGUCGGCAAAUAACCUGCAAGGUGGGUUAUGUUAUACUGAGAUUCAAUCUCUGUCUAGUACGACUGGGCUAGAUGAGACUGUGCCAACCAUCUUUGAUUCCGCUUAUCAUCAUGACAGUUAGAAAUUCACCUGUACAAUCUCUCUUCAGAUCAGCAGGUACGUGUCUGUGAACAAGCUGAAGUAUUUCUUUGCCGUCGACAGCAAAUAUGUAAUGAAGAAACUUCUGCUCCUCAUGUUCCCAUACACACACCAGGUAAUCAAGUCAUUUUAUUACACCAAACACACCAUGUCACGUUUUUGCACAUUAUGCUUUACAAAGUAUGAUCUUCAACAGCACUGUAGCACACACUGGUGUGUCAAGGUCAUGAAGACAGUCUUGGCAUUCCUCCUUCGUCUCGUCUCAUGUUCUCUUGUACAUAUCAGAUAGUCGGGCCUCCAAACAAGAUAAUCAUUCUUUAAUCACCCUGCUAGCAUGUGUGUGUUUUGAUGUUGUCGUCACACAGAAGAUGAAUGUUUUCUCUAAUGUUGCAGGUGUAAAAAGGACAGAUGCAUUUGUGCUUCAGCAAUGUUUAUAUUAACAAGCAUGAUACGUUUCCACAAAUUACCCUACUCAGAUUAGGAUAAAUUGUUACAGACAUUCUUUGACCUGCUAAAUGUUAGGUCCAGUAAGAACUAUAUGUUUGUGCUUCUCUAUGAUGCUGUGUAAAUCCAUUUCACAUGUUGUAAUGUCAAUAGGACUGGGAAGUUCGUUACCACAGAGACACUCCUCUCACACCCAGGCAUGAUGUGAAUGCACCCGACCUUUACAUACCUUGUAAGUACGUUAUAUUGAAACCGGUAUAUCAGUAAGAUGUUUAAUAUGGAAGUGGCAAUCUUUUGAUUGGAAUAUACACAAUGAAUUUUGAUUUGAUUAUUACUGUAUUGUUUUUCAGCGAUGGCUUUUAUCACCUACAUUUUGCUUGCUGGGAUGGCCCUUGGCAUUCAGAACAGGUUACUUCAACUACUUUUUUUCUUUUUUUUUACAACUAUACAAACAUUGCCAAGCAAAUAUAUUAUUUCUGGAAUGUUAGAUACUGGGUCACUGAAAUGAAUACAUUGUAUUUGUUAAUGAAUCCACCAACUAAUGUUCUCCCCCCUUAUCACCAUUUUCUCUUCUUCAAUGGAAGGUUCAGUCCAGAGGUCCUUGGUCUGUGUGCCAGCACUGCUUUGGUGUGGGUCGUCAUAGAGGUCUUGGUCAUGUUGCUGAGUCUCUACCUUCUCACUGUUCACUCUGACCUAUCCACCUUUGACCUCAUUGCCUACAGUGGAUACAAAUAUGUGGGGUAAGGGCUCCAUUAGAUCUAUAGCUAGGUUUCCAUCCAAUUGGCCACGGAUUUUCAUGUGAAUAUUCUAAAAUCUGCAUGUAGAAUAUAUGUGAAUUUUCCCACCAGUGGUGUGUUUCCACCAAACAAAUUUGUUGCGGAUUAAAAUCAGUGCAUGAUAACGUAGUGCAUACAACAUGGAUUUUUUCGCUGAAGUUUUCAUGUACCGAAUAAAAAUCUAAAGUUAAGUGUUUCCAUCACAUUUUCAACCCUACUGAUGAUUUUGUCACAAAUAGUUCCGUUAAAUAGAAAACGUUGCCUACUCUGGUCUUACGUGCGCUCUAGCCAACAGCUGGCAGAUACAGUGCGGGUAGGUUAGUCUACAUUAUGAGAUUAUUAUGGAUAAGAGCAAGAAUAUUUUUUGGGGUGAGCAUCAAGCUCACUGUGCACUUUCACCAUCAUGUGAAGUUAAUCGUAACUGGUUUCAUCUGUAGCCUAAUAAACUGCAUGGUUUCCCGAGUCAUAGUGGGAGGACCACACACCAUAUAAUCGUGUGACUCCAAGUUUACUUCGAUGUGAUGGUUAUUAUAUCAAUAUUUUGCAUAAAGGCGUUUCCACUGCCAUUUCUCAUAUAAUUAGUUUUACAGACACAAAACGAUCCUACCAUGUCGAACGAACAAAUUCUCUCUGCAUUUAUAAAAUUGUACCGAAACAGCUGUCAUUAUUUUUUUUAUAUACGGUAUGACUUCACUCACACUGUGGAUGGAAACGUGGUUUGUUAUCUAUACUCUGUAAGGGAUUUAUUUUUUUACCUCACGUUGUUACAUUUUGCUGACAUUACUGUGAUACCCCUGGAUUUUUAAGGAUGGUUCUUUGUUUUAGGAUGAUUUUCACAGUGCUGGGUGGUCUGCUGUUUGGCAGUGAUGGGUACUUCGUGGCUCUCGCCUGGUCAUCGUGUGCCCUUAUGUUUUUCAUUGUAAGUCCGAAUUUUUCGUACCUUGUUAUGCAUGAUAGUAAGCAAGUUGACAUGGUUUAAUUUGUUUUUAUGUCUUUAAACUUUAUGUCCAAGAGUAAACAGCAUUUUUAUCAUGCCAUCAGGUCCGCUCUCUCAAAAUGAAGAUUCUGUCGUCUCUCUCCCAUGACUCCAUGGGGGCUGGGGCGAGUGCCAAACCAAGACUUCGCCUGUACAUCACCUUGGCCACCGCCGCCUUUCAGCCAAUCAUUAUCUACUGGCUCACCUCACAUCUGGUCAGGUGACCUGGUACGGGGUCUGAUGCUGAGGUCCUUUGGUAUUGAACUUUAAAAAAAACACAUGUUGAUGCUUCCUACAAACUUGGUUCUUGUGAGUGUCCGUGUUACCUGCCUUUCAGCUCAUCUGCCAGAGAAAAGGGGAUUAUAGAUAUCGAGCUCUAUCUUGUGUUAAGUUUUUUGGUUAAAGUUUUAAAUGAACAUUUAUUUUUGACUUCUCUACAGUGUGAGACUUUAGUAUGCAAGACACAUUGAUUGUCACAAUGGAAGGAUUUGAUGUUUUCCCACCAUGAGUGUUUUACAUACUGUCCAUUUUGGCCCCCUUAUUUAUAGAGAAAGAAGGGUUUUGUAUUCAUGAAAUUGGAAUAUGGUUUUGAAAAAAGUUUCACACCACACUCCAGUUUUUCCUCUAAAGUUUCCUGUGUAUGUUGUCCAUUUGGGCUUACCAGAAAUGUUGCAGUAUGGUUAAAUAUAAAAUGAUUGAGCUACUCUGAGGAUGUGCUACCAGUGCAGUCUUAUCUUCCCCAUUUAUCCUUAACUGUUAAACCCUCUUAUUAUUGAUCUAAACUUUAUGGAGCAUGAACAACAACCAGUGUUAUGUUUUUUUGUAGAAAAAUAAACAUAUUUAGCUUUGAAUUUUAACCAUGCCUCUGUCAUUUUGUUAACAAUGGAAAGUUUCAAUGGAAAAAUGUCUGUUCAGUUUGAUCAUCCUUGGCCUUAAAUUUGGGAAUGCUGUGACUGAGUCAAAUCUGGAAAGUGGUUUGUCUACAUGUGUUGGGAAAAGGAAAAGAUUGAACUGUAUCUUUAAGGCGGGAACGCGCAGGCGACGCGCAAUCUGCAAAGCGUCCUUUUGGUUUCCAAGGGAACGCUAGAAAAGAUAGAAGGCGAACGGGCAGGAAUUGGACUUCGAUUCUUCGAAUGGAAAUCAGACAAUAUUUUAAACUUUUGAAUGGUAUAUUUUGCAUAACUCGAGACUUACUAAUAUCCCCUGACAACUAAUACGUUGCUUUAUCGGUAAGCAAUGCAUUGUUUUUUUAUACUCUUUGAAGUAUUUCUGUCAGCACCUGAGGGGGAAUUUAACAAAAGACUGCUUGACUGAUUGUGCUAAAUGUAACUUUAUAUUCUACCGCCAUUUCCCGAAGUAUGAGCACAUUGAGCAGCAUGUUGAGCACCAUGUGGCUUCAUGAGCAGUCUACUUUAUUUACCCUUUUGAAUUAAAACUAGUUUUCCAAUCAGAUGGAUUUUAUGCAUCCACCGUUGCAAUGCCUUUUUGCCACUGUAGCUGUUUGAAUCUGCAAGUAUAGCUAGCUAAAUCAUUAAUCCAAAACCAGAAGAGAAAGGGGGAGAACUUUGUUCAGACUUGUCUUAAUCUUUAACUUGAUAAUGUAUAUUUUUUUUAAAUAAUCUUACCAACUGAAUGAUCGGCAUGCAGGGCAAGGAGUAGACUGACUCACUUAAUUAAUCAGUGGCUAAAUGUUGUAAGAUCACCUGAUCUGGUCUACCAAAGCUGUUAUAAAUUGGGUUUGCGUACGUUUUUCAAAUUGUGGAAAUGCAUUGCCAUUAACUUGAGCUGGAUUUUUCUCCAUGCCAUUUAAAUAAUGUUUGUCUGCUCUGCUUUGCUUUGCCCAACAGAUCAACUAUUGAAUGAGUGUAUAAGAAGUCUUCUGCUGGGAGAGAGAUGGAGAGUGACACUCACACACUGCCACCCCUCCCUACAUCUCUUAUUUAUCCCACCACUCUUUACCAGUCCCCACCUUUCUCCUCCUCUCUUCUGCAAACUUCUUCCACUGUCCAUGUUUCACUCCCUCGCUCUCCUCUAUCGAUCCCACCAUCCCCUACUCAGCUUUCCCCCACAGCCGCAGCUUCCUUUCACCUCAAGACUGAAUCUCUCUCCCCUCUUUUAGACUCCCUGUCUCCCCCUCAGUUCCUUGACGUACAAAACUUACACUGCCUCAACUCUCCAACCACAUCUGACCAAGAUGACUUGACCUGCCUCAACUGGUUGCAUCAAAGAGGCAACUUGCUUCCCCUGCAACCCCUGCCCAAAACAACACUGCCCCAGCUGGAGCCCCAGGAUCCCAUACCUACCCCACACCUUCCUCCCUUCCUAUCCAAGCCCCCUUACUCCUUCAGCAGUCUAAUCUUCAUGGCGAUAGAAGACUCGCCAGACAAGAGGCUCCCAGUGAAGGGUAUCUAUGAAUGGAUAUUGAACAGCUUCCCCUACUACAGAGCAGCACCUGGGGGAUGGAGAAACUCUGUUCGACACAACCUGUCUCUGAGUAAGAGCUUCCGUCGGAUUCACAGGGACAAGAGCCAGGUGAGAUGUGUUCACUUGUCUUCAAUGUGCCCUUUUGCAUUAAGUCUCACUUUCUGUUUGAAAUAAUAGUGUUUUGAGAUAUUUAAGAUUGUGUAUGAUGUGUUUUUCAGUCGGUGGGGAAGGGCUCAAUGUGGUGCGUGUGUCCAGAAUAUCGAUACGCUCUUCUGGAGGUGCUUAGGAAGACCCAGUAUUACCACAGCACUAACAGCAACUUACUAAACAACCCUGCAUUGUGAGUAUGAACAAACACAGUUUACUGCAGUUUAGUUCACAGUGCCAAAUAUCUCAAAUCCUUCUAACUGUGACUACCACCCAAAUUCUUGUUGGUUAAUGAAUGUGGGUUAAUGAUUUUGUCUUACAAUAGCAGGCUUAUCACAGCCCAGUCAGACCCUUACCAGUAGUCCAACUAACUGUAUGUCUUCCCUCUCUGUCCUGUGCAGGUUGGAGGGAGCAGAUUAUGGAAUAUCUAUGGUGUGUGACACUGUGGAGAUCUCAGGUUAGCCCUCCUCCAUCACU